GAUAUAUCCAAUUUGCGCUAGAGCCGGCCAAUAUUUGAGAAAGUCCACCUUGGGAGACAGGUGGGUUUGAUCCUUUCAAGAAUCUUGAUUGAAUACCGCGAAAUGGGUGACCAAAACCAGCGGAAUCAAAAUCAAAAGCAGCUCAAGCCGGUGGAGAAGACGAACGAUGUCAUUAUCUCACAGAUCGGCGACUUUGGAUGUUACCAGCUGUUCUUCUUCUUUCUCAUCCUGCUAUCGAAAUUUGGAACUGGGUGGCAUACCAUUGGGCACAUCUUUCUGGCAGGACCCACGCCGUUGUCUUGCAAAACGGAAAAUGUUACGGAUCCGUGCAGCGAUGACUGCAAAGAUCAGGACUUCGACACCAGCAUCUUCAAGAGCACCAUCAUCACCGAAUGGAACUUGGUUUGUAACAAGCAGUCCUUGGCCAGUUUAUCCCAGAGCAUUGUGAUGUUUGGUAUUAUGUCCGGGAGCAUGAUAUUCGGCAUGAUUGCGGAUCGGUGUGGACGUCGGCCUGCCUUUCUGGGCUGCUGUUUGAUGCAGCUGGUCACUGGCCUGAUUGUAUGCGUAUCGCCGUAUUUCUGGUUCUAUUGCCUCUCUCGGUUUUUGGUAGCCUUCGCCACGGGCGGAACCAUGACCACCAGCUUCGUCUUGCUUAUGGAGAUUGUUGGACCUAAGAACCGCGAACUUGUGGCCAUUCUAUACCAGAUUCCCUUCAACAUUGGACACGCCUCUUUGGCCGUGUUCGCCUAUUUCAUUCGCGAGUGGCGGUGGUUCCAGUUCAGCAUAACCAUUUUUUCGGUGGUGUUCUUGAUCUACAUUUGCUUGGUGCCAGAGUCGCCUCGCUGGCUUUAUACAACCGGAAGACUGGAUAAGUCUAUUAAGAUUCUGGAGAAGAUUGCCCGGUGCAACAAACACCCCACGGAAACCAUCAAGCCGGAGAUUGAAGCAGCCUAUGCAGCCUUGCAAGCACGAACUCCGACAAAAAAGGGCACUUUGAUUGACCUCUUCCGGACGCCGUAUCUCCGGAUGAAGACCAUCUUCAUGGCGAAUGACUGGAUUGUGGUCUGCAUGGUCUAUUACGGGAUGUCCCAGUACAUGUCCAAGCUAGGCGGAAACAUCUUCCUGAACAACCUGAUAGCCGCCUCCGUAGGCAUUCCCGGAACGUGUUUAUGCGUGGUGAUGACCAAGUUUCUCGGCCGGCGACUCACCCUGAUCCUUUCGAACUCUUUGAGUGCCGUGGGUCUGAUGCUGUUAGUCUUCCUCACAAAGCAGAGCGAUGUGGUCCAGGUGAGCUGUGCCAUCGUGGGUCUCUUCGGGGCAUCGAUAACCUUCCCCAAUGUCUACCUGUACGGCGGGGAGCUGUUCCCCACGGUGGUGCGCUCCAACGGCAUGGGUCUCUGUUCGAUGUUAGGCCGUGGUGGCUCCAUUUUGGCCCCUCUGAUCUGUGAGUUGGCUCGGUUCGGCACCUGGAUCACCCCACUCAUUUUCGGCAUCUUUUCCAUUAUGGCCGUUAUUGGUACGUUUUUUUUGCCCGAGACCCGUGGCCUUCCGUUGCCGGAAACCCUCGAGGAUGGCGAGACGUUUGGAAGAAAAGUUAAACCGGCUCAAGCUUAAGAUGUAUGUUUUUUCGCGCAGUGUCUUGAGUUAUCUAAUAGAGUCCAGGAGCACUGGCUUAAUAUUCCAUUCAGAUCGAUGGCAGAUACGUCAGUCAAGACCAGCAGGCUUUCGUGCCAAGCCAAGCCACAGGCAAAAAAUAUUGAAAAAUCUAGCAAAUUCAAAAGGCAAUUAACGCAGAGAAACUUCCACUUCGUGAUUAUAAAAACUGGGUGAGCAAGUAAUUGGACUUUUGCUGUAUUUUGGCUACAAAACCUCCAUCCAGCUGCUUUCCGACCUUUUACGCCUAUCGACUCAUACCUUAAUGUAUAAAUAUGUAUAUUAAUUUAUAUAUAUUGUAGAUAUAACCAAUA